UAUUAUUUUUCUGUGAUAUGUCAGGGAUGAGUAUGAGAGCGAUAAAACGCCUUUUCUCGAGCUCUGUUGUUUACCGUGCGAGCAGCCACAUGAGUAAAAGCACUGAAUUAAAGAGAGUCUCCAUCGAAGGGAACAUUGCGGUCGGGAAAUCAACAUUUGCCAAGCUGCUCCAGAAUGCGGGACAGGACUGGGAGGUGAUAGCAGAGCCCAUCAGCAAAUGGCAGAAUGUGGACCAAACGACUCAGACAGUGAAUUGUUCUCAGCAGUCAUCCAGUAACCUAUUGCAGAUGAUGUAUCAUGAUCCGAAGCGCUGGUCUUACACUUUCCAGACGUUCUCCUGCAUGAGUCGCAUGCGCACACAUCUGCAGCCGCCUCCUGCCAGAUUACUGCAGUCCACAGGCACACCUGUGCAGGUGUACGAGCGCUCCGUCUACAGUGACAGGUACAUCUUUGCGUUAAACAUGUUUGAGCUCGGCUGUAUAAACUCAACAGAGUGGGCCGUGUAUCAGGAUUGGCACUCCUUUCUUAUUGAGCAGUUUGGUCAUCGGAUUCAGCUGGAGGGCAUCAUAUAUCUCCAAGCAUCUCCACAGACCUGCAUGGAGCGGUUAGGCAGACGAGGCCGAGUGGAGGAACAGGGAAUUGAGCUCGACUACCUUGAGAAACUCCACACAAAACAUGAAGACUGGCUCGUCAACAAGAGUACAAAGGUUCAUUUUGAGCACCUGGCAAAGGUGCCUGUGUUGAUUCUGGAUGCUGAAGUUGAGUUUGAGAAGGACACCAAGAUUCAGAACAAUCUCUUAACAAAGGUUAGAAAAUUUUUCAAUGUGUUAUAAAUGGCAUCUUGGGACCAAAGCGCAUGGAUUAUUUUGUAUGGACUGUAAACAUCCACAAAGGAUCUGACGAGUGUUGGACCAAAGCGCAGAUCUAAAUGUUCUUCGCUGCAGAAGAGUGUC